CAAACUUAAAGUUUCUUUUGAGUCAAAACGAAAAAAAUUUUCUUCGCAAAAUAUAAUUUAAAAAUUGAAAUUCAACAUGGAUAUAGAUAAUAAUUUAUCUUGUGAUGAUUUUCUAUUACCAAAUACAUCCAGUAGUUUACAAACUGGCAUAGAUUAUCCCUGUACAAAGGAAGCUCGAGAAACAAAACCUCCUUCCGUUAAAAAAGCCCCAGGAAAAUGUGAACCACCACCCGAACAAUAUAAGAUCAGCAGUUCUUCUUCUUCAAUGUCCAGUGGCUUGAUGUCGCAGGACUAUCGAACCACUAAAGAACAUCCAAUGAAGACACCGAAUAUUGCUUAUGAAUUAGCAGUAGCCAAAUCUAUAAUGCAACAAUACUCCUCAAUAAGUGGAGAUAAUUUAUUUGAUCAUUUAUCCGAUGUUAUAAAACGUGUCAUCGACGAACGUCCUCCCAAUGUUAUUGAUUUCUUCGAAGAAUUUAGUCGUAAUGUACGUGAACAAAAGUUUCACUUGCCAGAACGUUUUCCUCCGCAUGCAGUUUUUGAAGAAAAUCGAAUGUAUAAGGUGGCCAAGAAACAAUUAAUAUCAAUGAAAUUACCAUAUCCCGAUGACUCAAUGAUCCAGGUAGCCGCAGAGGAUGAUCUGGAAGAAGAACAUGCUAAAACAGAAGAUAUAAAGUUGGAACUUAAGCAAGAACCUUUAGGAAAAUUUCACACUUUCAAUGAAUGUGUACAACAUUUACAAUUCUUUUGGAAUCAAUGUGGUUUUAGCAUUAGUAACGAAAAUAUUUUUCAAUUAGCCUGUUCCAUGAAUCGUUUACAAACACAUCCUUCUAUAAUGCAGUGUCGUUUUUGGGGUGUAAUUAAUGGUCUGAAAGCUUCGUACUAUAUCGUUGAAGCCUCGCUAACCAAUGAAGAAUAUGAAUCACGUUUAUUGCAAAUGGAAAAAGAAAUUCAAGAGAAUCAUCAACAAGAUCAUAAAGAAAGUUUGAACAAUCCAAAACAAUUUUCACACAUUGGACCCGAGUUGACACCUGGUGCUCUGGGUUGGGAAAAUCAUCCAGAGGAGGAUUUAUUUAAAAUGAAAGCUUAUGAUGUCCCCAUACCUUUGGUGGAAGCUGUGGAUGUCUACGAUAUUCCACCAGAACAUAUAGGCAAAGGUGUUAAUCGUUAUUCGUAUUUUGUGGUCAAUUCAUUAUCGGAUGAAUGGAUUGAACUGCCAAUAGUAACACCAAAACAAAUUGUACUUUCUAGGCAAAUUAAAAAAUUUCUAACUGGAGAUUUAGAAGCAGACAUCGUUUCGUAUCCUUAUUUUUGUGGCAAAGAAAAACAUUAUUUAAGAGCAUUGAUAGCUCGUAUAACGGCUGGAACUUAUAUCGCUCCAAAGAAUUAUUAUCGUAAGAUGACGAAAAAGGAGAUACGUUUAUUUGAGGGCAUUGAUGAGGAUGAAGCAGAGGAUGAGGAAGAAGAAGAGGAGGAAGAAUCACAAAUGGGUGAAGAGGAAGAAAAUGAAGAUGGAGUAGGGGAUAACGAUAUUGUUUUAUUGAAAAAUGAAAAGUACGAUACCGCAAUACCACUCAACACCUUAAACAAUAGCGAAAAAUGGGUUCAUGUACGACCGAAUAUAUUGCAACAAGGACGUAUCGUUUGGUAUAAUGAGGUGAGAGCACAACGUGAAAGAGAAAAAGAACGUAAACGUUUAGAAAAAUUACGUUUACAAGAAGAAAUGGGAGAAGAUGAAAGCGAGCACGAAGAAGAUGACGAAGAAGCUGACGACGAAGGUGAAGAAGAGGAGUUAGAAGAAAAGGCAGAAAAAGGUCCCGCCAUAUUAACAUCUUGUUCACAAGAUGUUAGCAGCGAAAUACCAAUAGCCUGGACAGGACGUUUUACUAGUAAAUUUACCAAUCAAAAUGAACGUAUUCUUAUAAUGAAAUCAAAUAUCUGGCCGGGAGCCUGUACUUUUAUCUAUAAAGAUUUGUGUGAGUCGAUAUAUUUGGGGUGGGGACAUAAAUACGUUUCACGUAAUAUGUCUUGGAAACAUAUGACCGCUAUAGCAGAUGAAUAUCAACAUAAGAUCGGAGAUUUUAUUGAAACCAUUGAUCCCAGUGUAGAAAUGGAAGAGGCAUAUCAAUUGAGUUUAUUAAAGAAAGAAUUAAAAUUUAAACAAAUAGAUGAUUAUGAGGAGCAUGAAGUCAUAGAAUCUACAGAUGAUGACAAAGAUGAUGAGGAUGAUGAUGACGAAGAUGAAGAGGAAGAAUAGUUAAAGCUAAUUUUUACAUAAAUAUUAAAUAACUUCUUGCUGUUAAAUACAUUCGUAUAUAAAUAUAUAAUUUUUUUAUAAAUAAUAUGAA